UUGAAACAGCAAAUUUAUUCCUGUAUAAUGGGGGUAUACACUGUCCGCACAGGUGCGAUUUCUUUUUAAAUGUCUGACACGCGUGACUCUCCACACACCGGUAACUGGAAUUAGGACCAGGAAUAGCAGAGAAUGGACAGCUCUUUCACCUUCGCAAAGUUGUGUAAUGGCUCAUCCAUGCCUGCAGUGGGACUCGGGACUUGGCAGAGUCCGAAGGUGGAGGUACAGACAGCCGUCCGCGCGGCUUUAGAUGCCGGCUACCGACAUAUUGACACGGCCUACAAUUACAAGAAUGAAGAUGGAAUUGGAGAAGUUUUACAAGAAUACAUAAAGGCAGGAAAUGUCAAGAGAGAGGACUUAUUUAUUGUUACUAAGUUGCCCAUGAUUCACAUGGACCCAAAGCUGGUGAAAAAAUCCAUUGAGAUGAGUCUGAAGAAACUGCAGUUGUCAUAUAUAGAUCUGUAUUUAAUUCAUCAUCCUGUGCAGCUGGAGUAUGAUGGUGAUGACGAGAAUACCUUCCCGAGAACUGAAGCUGGAGGUUGGAAGGCGGCAGACAAAUCCGAUCUCCUAGGAACAUGGAAGGGAAUGGAAGAAGUUGUAGACCUGGGUUUGGCCAAAUCUAUAGGGGUGUCCAACUUUAGUAUUUCCCAGAUUGAAAGGAUCUGUAAGGUGGCGAAACACAAACCGGUCACAAACCAGGUGGAAUGCCACAUAUAUUUGCCACAAACAGAAAUGGUUGAGGCUUUGAACAAGCUCGGUAUAACUGUUACAGCCUACGCACCUAUAGGAUCCCCAGGAAGACCUUCACAAAUCAAAAAUGAGGGUGAACCAGUGGCUCUGGAAGAUCCAGUCAUCCUGAAAUUGUCCAAGAAGUAUGGGAAAACUCCCGCACAGAGUCCAAAAGAGGAGGUGAAGACGGCUGUUCGUGCAGCUUUGGAUGCUGGCUACCGACACAUAGACACGGCAUACAAUUACAAGAAUGAAGAUGCUAUCGGGGAAGUUAUUCAAGAGUACAUAAAGGCUGGAAAACUGAAGAGACAAGAGCUGUUUAUUGUCACUAAGCUUCCCAUGAUUCACAUGGAUCCAACACUGGUAAAGCGAUCAUUGGAGAUGAGUUUAAAGAAUCUGCAGUUAUCGUAUGUAGACAUGUACCUGAUUCACUUCCCUAUACCCUUGGCGUAUGAUGGGAAUGACGAUGAUGUGUUUCCAACGAAUGAGGCUGGACUGUGGAAACCUGGGGAGAAAUCUGAUCUGAUAGGAACAUGGAAGGUAAUGGAAGAACUCCUUGACUUGGGUCUGACUAAAUCUAUAGGAGUGUCCAACUUCAGCGUCUCACAAAUUGAAAGGAUCUGUGAAGUGGCCAAACACAAACCUGUCACUAAUCAAGUGGAAUGUCACAUUUAUCUGCAACAGAAAGAAUUGUUCGAUGCGUUAAAGAAGCGAGGCAUAACAAUCACAGCCUACUCACCUCUAGGGAGUCCAGGGAGGCCCACAUUCAUGAAAGGACCAGAAGAACCUGUUGUAAUGGAAGAUCCAAUUAUCCUGAAAUUGGCUGAGAAGUAUGGAAAAACCCCUGCGCAGAUUUGUAUACGGAAUCUCAUGCAAAAAGGCAUGAUAGUGAUUCCCAAGAGUGUGACUCCGGAGAGAAUACGUAGUAACUUCCAGGUUUUCAAUUUUUCCCUAUCGAAGCAAGAGAUGGAUGAGGUCACCAAAAUUACAACAGAAAAACGUUACCUUGACAUGGCUGCAAUGUUCAAGGAUCACCCGGAACGACCAUGGUUAUAGAGAAAGACACUUUACAUAUGCCCAAUAAACGACAUCUUACUAAAACAAAGUUGAAGACAAUCGUA